AUGGCCGGACUUGAACAGAUUGAAGUUCACUCGCGGAACUAUCUCGUACGCUGGGUCAACGUGAAACAAGAACAUACAAUCUCGUGGACCGUCCUACCUCACAAAAAGUCCAUCAACUUUGGCUUGUUCAAACAUCCCGGACCUCUGUCCAAUCAACAUUCCUCCUCGACUUCCCUCCCUCUUCCCUCUCCCAACCCCUCUGCUGUUGACGAAGACAAGUCAGAGAUCAAUUCUACCGCGAUCGAGAAGCUCACCGGGAUUGGGCUCAAACAGAUCAAAUGGGUGGGAAAGUACGAAGCUGACAGGGUCAGCCAUGGCAGACAUGAAGUACGCCUCGGGGAAGCUGGCAACUAUGCGCUAGUAUUCGAUAACACCUUUUCGAAGAGCAUAUCGAAGACAGCAACGGUCUUUUUGCUCACAUAUCCAACGGCAUGUCAGUCUCAGAUCCAGUUUGGCGCACAACCACAACAGGGCCAGUCAAUGGCCUCUGCUAUGGCGAUUGCGUCGGCAUCGGGUCCUUUAUUCAGGAGAAGUCCAAAGUUGAGGGCCAAGGACAAGGAAUCCGUGGAUUCUCUGCGACAGGCGUCGAUCAGCCAAUCUUUCAAUGGAAGUAUCGCGCCUGUGGCAGAGAAGUUGCGGCUAGAUUCUGCCUCUAUUCAUACAGGUGUUCUACAGAAGCGCAGGCGUAAGAAACACCAGGGCUAUGCGCGACGCUUCUUUUGCUUGGAUUACACCUCUUCCACCCUGUCCUAUUACCGAGAUCGAAGCUCUUCCGCUUUGAGAGGCGCUAUACCCUUAUCAUUGGCUGCGAUAUCAGCGAACACAAAGUCACGCGAGAUUACCAUUGAUUCUGGCGCAGAAAUAUGGCAUUUGAAGGCCAACAACGAAGCAGACUUUGAGGUUUGGAAGAAGGCUUUGGAAACUGCCGCUCGAAUUAUGCUGCAGUCACACACUCCGGGUGAUAGGCUGCAGAUCGAGACCGGCGAGGAAGGGCGUGUUGAAGCUGCGAGCAAUCUUGAUGACCUGGAAUGGAUCCGACUAGAGACUUUGCUGAGUAGAAUCUCUGGUACGAGAGAUGCUGUUCGAAGACUUUGUCUGGAGACAUUGGCGCAAGGCUUGCCUCCCCCUUCCCCUCGACUCGGGUCACCUUCUGCAGGCUCUACUCCGACUGAGGGCCCAGCCUCCGACGACUACUUCAAGCAGGACGACAAAAGGCCCUUUUGGAAGAGGAAACAAAGCGCGGCUAACAGCCAGACAAAUAUCUUUAAACGAAGUGUUUCCGCCCAGCUCGCCGUUCCUGUUCCUGGUGUCGAACCAGUUUUGAGGAAUGGUCUGCCUUCUCCGCAUGCUCUUCCCAAUGGGCAGAGCAGGACCCACCUACCUUAUGAAGAGAACAUGCAUGAUCAUUGUAAGGCAGUGUUACACGACCUCGACUCGGUUGUGAGCGAAUUUUCCACCCUCAUCACGGAGACCAAGAUCCGGAGAACAACACCCCCGAAAUCUGCCGUUUCCCGACUAAGUCUUCAGUCAGUAGACUCUCAGGAGUAUUUCGACGCCGAGGACAUCUCGCGCGUCCUCGACGUCCAUUCUGAUACUGAUCACGAAGCCACCGACGAAGGAAUCGGCGAGGAUGAGGAUUCGGCCACGAGCAGCGACAUUGGUGAAGAUUCGUUAGGGGUGGUGGAUUGGAAGUCGGGAAGUGUUUCGACAUUUCUCCCUCCCCGGUCAAAGAACCUGGCUCCCCUACCCCUACAGCCGAUUCCACGUCGACGUCAAAUAGCGCCUCCAACUAUCAUGCCACCCAGUCUAAUCGGCUUUCUCCGCAAAAACGUUGGGAAAGAUUUGUCGACAAUAUCGAUGCCUGUGUCUGCAAAUGAACCCCUAUCGCUGCUUCAGAGGGCGGCGGAGCAACUGGAAUACUCUCAAUUGCUGGACAACGCCGACAAGACACAGGACGUCUUUGAGAGAUUAAUGUACGUGACGGCUUUUGCAGUGUCAUCCUUGUCGAGUUCACGUGUCAAGGAGAGAUCAAUUCGAAAACCUUUCAAUCCUAUGCUGGGUGAGACCUACGAGUUAAUACGAGAAGACCGAGGUUUCCGGUUCCUUGGAGAGAAGGUUUCUCACCGUCCAGUCCAACUUGCUUUCCACGCCGAAUCAAGCCAGUGGACGUUCACCCAGUCCCCUCUCCCCUCACAGAAAUUCUGGGGCAAGUCAUCGGAGAUCAUCACCGAGGGUAAAGCGCGAUUAGUGCUUCAUAGUAGUGGCGAAACCUAUAGCUGGUCUGCAGCCACAUGUUUCCUCCGCAACAUCAUUGCUGGAGAAAAGUAUGUCGAACCGGUUGGAAGUAUGACCAUCGUCAACGAAAGCUCGGGACACAAGGCGGUCGUAACAUUCAAGGCUAAAGGCAUGUUUUCAGGCCGAAGUGAAGAUGUUGAGGUGCAUACCUUCGACGGACAUGGCCAGGACUUGGCAAUCGGACUCACCGGGACCUGGACCAACGAGCUCCAACUCAAGGAGCCUGGCAAGGUCAACCGGUCUACGAUUUGGUCCGCCGGACCCCUGGUCGACAAUGCGCCCAAACAUUACGGAAUGACAUUGUUUGCAGCCCAACUCAACGAGAUUACUAAACUCGAGCAGGGAAAACUACCGCCCACGGACAGUCGCCUCCGCCCUGACCAACAGGCAUUGGAACAAGGUGACCAUAAUAGUGCUGAGGAUCUGAAGAAUCGGCUUGAAGAGGCACAACGUGCCCGGCGCCGAGAGAUGGAGAGCAGUGGUGAACAUUGGGAGGCGAGAUGGUUUUCCAAAGUCGACCUUGGCGACGAGGUUGUUUGGAAAUUGAAGACGGGUAAAGAAGGCUAUUGGGAAGAACGAGCACGGGGUGAGUGGACUGGAGUAAUACCUGUGCUCGAAGUAGAACGAUGA